AUGACCUUCCGUCCCCACGAGCCUGACGAUCGGUACGACUCAGAUGCAUUCUUCACACCGCAGAGCGAUGACGACCUAUUUGACGUCGAUAAUGGCGAGCUUUCCGACUGCGAGAUCGAUCCGACCGACAUAGAAGACCUGUCCAUAGACGAUGUGGACCCCGACGCCGAUGCUGACAUUGAAGACCGCGACAGCGCUUACGACAGCCAAGACUAUAGCCCUGGCAGCACGCUACUCUUGGAUGCGACGGAGGAGCUAUGGCACGAGUACUGCAAGGUCCUCUCUCGCGAGCCGGUGGAAUGUUACAGAUGCCUCUCCAUCCCGCUGUUGUACAACUUCUUCGACUGGCGCCUCAACCAAAAAGUCGGCAAAGACGGCAGGAAGAUUCGAGGAACCAAGAAGAAAAGUUCUUUGGGCACCUACUGGAAAGUAUUCCGACUCGUCUUCGAGAGAGCCACGGGGGAUAAGGUCGACUCGAAAAUGGAUCGGAGCAUGCACAAGGUUCUCAAGGAUCUGGCGAAGAAGCACGGAUUAAGCGAUGAGAGGCGCGCCAACCGAUGCAUGACGAUCGAUGACCUCAAGGGGUAA